AUGUCGCCUACCGACGGAUCCACCACUCCCACCUUAAUGAGCAAACCUCGGAAAGAAGAAGCCAUCUCGAGCCCAGGAGCCGCCGAAAAGGCCGAACCGGUAACUGAGCCGACCGCCUUCUCCUCGACUUUCCAAGAGGCUAUCUUUAUCUUCAUCAUUGGCUUGUCGCAACUUUUUUCCGUUGGCGGUAUAGGCAAUGCCGCCUACUCAAUAGAACAGAUCGGUGCAUCUCUCGGCACAAGCAGCAAUGGACAGAUGUCAUGGUUUCUAGCCUCCUAUGCCCUCUGCGGUGGUGUCUUCGUCCUAGUCACCGGUCGCCUGGGUGAUCACCUCGGCCACAAAUACGUCUUCCUCUUUGGCUGGAUCUGGAUGGCCGUCUGGUCUUUGGUCUGCGGCUUCGCCCACAACGUCGUUCUAUUCGACAUCGCCCGCGGCAUGAUGGGAAUCGGGAAUGGCGCACUAGUACCCAACUCCUUCGCGCUGCUGGCGCGUGCAUUCCCACCUCUGUCUGUGAAGAAGAACUUCGCCUUUGCCUUCCUGGGCUUCUGCGCUCCCUCCGGCUACAUCUUUGGUGGUUUGAUCGGCGCCGCCUUCAGUCAGAAAGUCACCUGGCGGUGGGGAUUCUGGUUCUGGGCCAUCGGCUGCCUCGUUCUCAGUUUAGCGACCUUCGUCAUUGUUCCUCACCGAAUCGGCUCCCCGAUUCCGGGGCUCAGUCUCCGCCAGUUUGACUACAUCGGUAGCUUCCUCGGCGUGUCGGCCCUGAUUCUGUUCUCUUUUUCCUGGAACCAGGCUUCAGUAGUUGGCUGGCAAGAGCCCUACACCUACGCCUUGCUCAUUGUUAGCGUCUUCCUGCUCGUCGGAUUCGUCUUCUCCCAGUCCCGUGUCUCUGCCCCCGUCCUACCCAAUUCCCUCUGGGGCCGCCCUGGUUUCGCACCCGUAGUCACUGCCAUGGCAUUUGGCUGGAUGUCUUUUGGAAUCUUCCUCUACUACACUACCGUCUACAUCCUCACUAUCCAUAAGACCCAGCCGCUUGCCGCAGUGGCUCAAAUGGUUCCCCUGGUCAUUGGUGGACUGUUUGCUACAACAGCUGUUGGUCUCUUUAUCGCCAAGACGCCUGCUCAGUACAUCUUCGGCGUGUCCAUGUUCUCCUUCUUCAUCGGCAACCUGAUCAUGAGCUUUGUGAACUACUCGAACGUCUACUGGGCCUUCAUCUUCCCUGGUUGUCUGCUUGUUGUUGGCGGGCCCGACUUGUCCUUUGCCUCGUCAGGAAUUCUCAUUUCCAAUGCCGUCCUGCCUGAGGAGCAAGGUGUUGCCGGAUCCUUUAUCUCAACGGUUGUGCAGUACUCUAUCUCCAUUGGUCUCGGUAUUGCCGCCACUGUAGAGUCUCAUGUUAACGAGGGUGGACAAAACCCCAUUCGCGGCUACCGCGGGGCGUUCUGGUUAGGAAUUGGAUUUGCGGCUGUGGGAUUCUUUGUUGUGAUGUUCUUUGUUCGCGACCACAGAUUUGAGUCCAAGGAAAGGGACCAGUCCGGCCCUGAGGCCAUUUCGGAGACAGCAGAUCUUUGA